AUGCAGGCUCCAAAAAAUGGAUCUAAAGAUUUAUCUGAAAUCAAUGCAUUACGAGAAUUAAAUUCUAAGCUUGUUGUUACAAUUACAGAGCUUAGAAAGGAGAAUGUUAAAAUUCCCAAACUUAGAAGGGAG